AUGGCCGCCGACGUCUUCAUGUGCUCCCCGCGCCGGCCCCGCAGCCGGGGCCGCGCGGUGCUGCUCAAGCCCCAGGUGCCCGAGGACGACGACGACUCGGACACGGAUGAGCCGUCUCCGCCGCCCGCCUCCGGCGCGGCCACCCCGGCCCGGGGCCACGCGAGCGCCGCGCCACUGCCGCCCAAGGCCGGGUCGGGCAGCGAAGAGCCUCCGCGCCGCCAGCAGAUCAUCCACAGCGGCCACUUCAUGGUGUCGUCGCCGCACCGCGAGCACCCGCCCAAGAAGGGCUACGAUUUCGACACGGUCAACAAGCAGACGUGCCAGACCUACAGCUUCGGCAAGACCAGCUCCUGCCACCUGUCCAUCGACGCCUCGCUCACCAAGCUCUUCGAGUGCAUGACCCUGGCCUACAGUGGGAAGUUGGUGUCUCCGAAGUGGAAGAAUUUCAAGGGCCUGAAGCUCCAGUGGAGAGACAAGAUCCGGCUCAACAAUGCCAUCUGGCGGGCAUGGUACAUGCAGUAUUUGGAGAAGCGCAAGAACCCCGUGUGCCACUUUGUCACUCCACUGGACGGCUCUGUGGAAGUGGACGAGCACCGGCGGCCAGAGGCCAUGAGCACGGAAGGGAAGUACUGGAGAAGCCGCAUUGAGGUCGUGAUCCGGGAGUAUCACAAGUGGAGGACCUACUUCAAGAAAAGGCUCCAGCAGCACAAGGAUGAGGACCUCUCCAGCCUGGCCCAGGAUGAUGACAUGCUUUAUUGGCACAAGCACGGGGAUGGCUGGAAGACCCCAGUCCCCAUGGAGGAGGACACGCUGCUGAACACAGACAUGCUCAUGUCGGAAUUCAGCGACACUCUCUUCUCCACGCUUUCCUCGCACCCGCCCGUGGCCUGGCCCAACCCACGCGAAAUAGCACAUCUGGGAAAUGCAGACAUGAUUCAACCGGGGCUGAUUCCUUUGCAACCCAACCUGGACUUUAUGGACACUUUUGAGCCUUUCCAGGACCUCUUCUCUUCCAGCCGCUCCAUUUUCAGCUCCAUGCUGCCUGCACCCGCCUCAGGGCCUGCACCAGAUCACAACAGCCCUCCUGCUCAGGAGAGCAUCUUGCCAACCACCGCUCUGCCCACCCCAAGCCUCCCUGACGGCUUCAUUGCACCCCCUGCAGCCACGGCCCUGGACCCCACGAGUGGGCAGGGCUGUGAACACACCUCCCAGCCAGGGGACCCCUUUCUCCAGCCCACAGACUUAGGUCCCUCUGCACCACCACUGAGUGUCCCCCAGCCCUUCCUGCCCGUGUUCACCAUGCCCUUGCUGUCACCCAGCCCAGCCCCGGCACCUGCUUCCCCCGUCUUGCCAUUAGGCCCUCCUCCCGCCACUGCCCUGAACCCCCCGACUCCCCCUGCCUUCCUGCAGCCACAGAAGUUUGCCGAAGUUAGCAAGUCGCCCCCUGUCAUCACCCACACGGCCUCUGCCACCCUCACCCACGACGCCUCUGCCACCACCUUCAGCCAGAGCCAGGGCCUCAUCAUCACGACCCACUAUCCCACCCCCUCCGUGUCCCCCUGUGGCCUGGCGCUGUCUCCGGUCACCCGGCCACCAACAGUCGGGCCUCCUCAACCCCGUUUAACUUUCGUGCACCCCAAGCCCGUAUCCUUGCCUGGGGGGAGGCACAAGCAGCCCCCCAAAAUAGUGCCUGCUCCCAAACCAGAGCCCAUGUCCUUGGUAUUGAAGAAUGCUUGCCUCGCCCCAGCUGCCUUUUCAGGACAGCCCCAAGCAGUGAUCAUGACCUCAGGCCCUCUGAAGAGAGAAGGGAUGUUGGCUUCCACCGUGUCCCAGUCCAACAUGGUCAUCACGCCUGCUGCCAUCGCCAGGGCUCCCGGGGUCACAGAGUUCCACAGCGGUAUCCUGGUGACAGACCUUGGCCACAGCACGGGCAGCCAGCCUGCUCCCAUCUCCCGGCUCUUCUCUCCCAGCACAGUGCCGGACUCCCUGGUAAAGGGCGAGCAGGUCCCGCCACAUGGGGGCAUCGCCCAGGUCCCUGCCACGGGUGCCAGUCGGGACUGCCCGAACUCAGGGCAGGCCUCUCCGUGUGCUUCAGAACAGAGCCCCAGUCCUCAGUCUCCCCAGAACAACUGCUCAGGGAAAUCUUCUGCAGACCCCAAAAAUGUGGCUGCUUUAAAGAACCGGCAGAUGAAGCACAUUUCAGCCGAGCAGAAAAGGCGCUUCAACAUCAAGAUGGGCUUUGACACCCUCAACAGCUUGAUCUCUAAUAACACCAAGCUGACCAGCCACGCCAUCACACUGCAGAAGACCGUGGAGUACAUCACCAAGUUGCAGCAGGAGCGCAGCCAGAUGCAGGAGGAGGCCCGGCGGCUGCGAGAGGAAAUCGAGGAGCUCAACACCACCAUCAUCUCCUGCCAGCAGCUGCUCCCUGCCACGGGCGUCCCCGUCACCCGGCGCCAGUUUGAUCACAUGCGAGACAUGUUUGACGAAUAUGUGAAAAACCGGACUCUGCAGAAUUGGAAGUUCUGGAUUUUCAGCGUCAUCAUCAAGCCGCUGUUUGAGUCCUUCAAGGGUGUGGUGUCCAGCAGCAGCCUGGAGGAGCUGCACCGGACGGCGCUGUGCUGGCUGGACGAGCACUGCUCCCUGCCAGUUCUCAGGCCAACUGUGCUGAACACCCUCCGGCACCUGAGCACCACCACGUCCAUCCUGACGGACCCGUCCCAGCUGCCAGAGCAGGCGGCGGAGGCCGUCACCAGAAUGGGCCAGGGAUCUGGGGGGUCUUAGCAGCGCUUAGCGGGCACAUGGCCGCGUGAGAAGCCGUGGAGACCCUUCCCGCCUGUGGAGAGGAGGCCGCGCCCCUCACUUCUCCUGAUGCGGAGCUUCCGGGCCUCCCUCCGACUGCGGCCCAAGCCGCUCAGAAUGCCGUGCUCAGGUCUGAAGCAGGUUCGGGUCCUGCCCACAGCAGUAGCCCAGCUUAGGGAACCCCUUGCUGUGAACUCUGACUCAGCGACCUCGGUCACCGACCUCCCCUCCCCUCGAGGUAGCCCGGAUGAAGGGGAACAAAGGGGAACGCUGCCCGUCCCUGUCCUGUCCUGUCCUGUCCUGCUGGUGGGAUGUCGGGGCCACGGCGGCAGUGCGGGGAACAGAUGGGGCAAGAGGGGGCAUCACCCGUUCCCCCAAGUUAGGAAACACGAGGGUCCUUCCCGGCUCCUGUCUGGAGACUUACACACGCUGCCUCCUGUAACCUCUCAGGCGCCCGUGGGGCGGUUGGAAGGCAUCCUCCUUCCUGCCCCGACUCUGACCUUGUAGAUAGAUUGGACGUCUGCUCAGGCUUCGCAGGGC